AUGGCUUCUCAAGCCAAGAUUCCUCAUUUCCCCCUCUUCCUUUGCCUCCUCCUAACACUAGCAAUAACCUCACAAGCCACAACACAAAUCAAAAACUUCAACAAAGUCUCUAGAGAAAACUUCAACAAGCAAGCCUCCGAGCAAGCAACCUUGCCGAAAGACACCACCACCACCACAACCACCACCGCCACACCACUAGACUCGAACGAGCCUGAAUACGGCCUCUAUAGCCAGAAACGCUCUGAUCCAGAGGCCAACAGCAAUGACGAAUUCUAUGGCGAUAGGCAGUUUGAGGUGGACAACAGUCGGUUUCCCACACGUUCUGACGAUAACGCCCUCCGCAAAAUGCAGUACGAUCAGUGGAACCAACACCAGCUUGAGAAGCAGCAGCAGAAGCUCAAGGCCCAGUCUCAGGACUCUGCCGAGGGACAGGUGUACAAAAGAACUUCCUAUAAAACGACACCUGACAGUUUGAACCGAAACGACCAACAGGAGUACGAAGAAGAAGAAGAAGACGACGACAACAACAACAACAACAAUGCGUAUGAUAAUGAAAAGUUUGACGACAUUGCCCUCCGCGACUGGCAGUUCGCACAGUGGAACAAAUACCAGCUUGAGAAGCGGCAGCAGAAGCUCAAUGCCCAGUCUCAGGACUCCGAGAGACAGGCAUACAGAAGAACUUCCUUUAAAACGACACCUGACAGCUGGAACUGGAACAACGACCAACAGGACUCCGAAUCCAGCAAUGCUGAGAAGCAAGCAACCACAGACGACAGAAGGUGGGGCAACAAUAACUAUAAGUACGGGUACCGAGCAGAAGAAUACGACCAAAAGAACCAUCUCACAGACAGCAACAUCAACAGUUAUGAGCAGCAACAGCAGCCGUGGAAGUACGAAAAUGUCAACACCAAGCAGAAGAAGGGACUUUCGAAGGAGGAAAGGUCGGCCAUGGCACAAGGGAUGAGCGACACGAGGAGGCUCAGGGGAGGAAAGUACUAUUACGAUAUCGAGAACGAUAAGUACGGUGAAGACCAUCCCUUUACCAAACUCAACAGCUUCAACGCAAAUGAAGAAGAGCCUUGA